UCGGAUCCCAGCAAGAUGCCCGAGCAGAGCAACGACUACCGGGUGGUGGUAUUCGGGGCGGCCGGAGUGGGCAAGAGCUCGCUGGUCCUGCGGUUCGUGCGGGGCACUUUCCGGGAGACCUACAUCCCCACCAUCGAAGACACCUACCGCCAGGUGAUCAGCUGCGACAAGAACAUCUGCACCCUGCAGAUCACCGACACCACCGGUAGCCACCAGUUCCCGGCCAUGCAGCGCCUGUCCAUCUCCAAGGGCCACGCCUUCAUCCUGGUCUACUCGGUCACCAGCAAGCAGUCCCUGGAGGAGCUGCAGCCCAUCUACGAGCAGAUCUGCCAGAUCAAGGGGGACGUGCACAAGAUCCCCAUCAUGCUGGUGGGCAACAAGAGCGACGAGAGCCAGAGGGAGCUGGCCGCCGGGGAGGGCGAGGCCUUGGCCGCCCGGUGGAACUGCUCCUUCAUGGAGACCUCGGCCAAGAUGAACUACAACGUGCAAGAGCUCUUCCAGGAACUGUUGAACCUGGAGAAGAGGAGGGCCGUGUGCCUACAGGUCGAUGGCAAGAAAGCCAAGCAGCAGAAAAAGAAGGAUAAGCUCAAAGGCAAGUGCUCGGUCAUGUAAUCCGUGCCCUGCCCCCCGACGACCUCCUUCCCUCCCCAUCCACCCCAAGAGGGGCUAGUUUGGGAUGGGGUGGGGGAGUCUCCCCUCCUGGACCUGCUGCUUGGUGACAUAAGAGUCUGGACUUCUCCCUUGGGAAAGUUUCCCCCGGCUCAUCCCGGGGAGAAGUCUCGGCUCGGGCCUCUGGCUGGAAAAACGGACCGGAGAGAGAUGCCCCUUAGAGGCUCCGAGGUAAUCGCUUCUCUUUGGGGGAAGGGAGACCAAGAUGCGAUCACGUCAUUCAAUAUUUACUUGAAGAGGAAAAAAGUUUGUUGCAUGUUUUGGGGUUUUUUUUUCUGUUUUUUUUUAAUUUUUUUUUUUACAAAGGACACUAGAAAAACCACAGCGGUCAGUAUUAACCAUGUCCAAGUAUUAUAACUUUUGAACCAAACGUUUACAAAAGAAUCCAACCGUCGGAUUGUUGGUCGAAAGAUGUCACCGCCGUGUCUGGGGCUCCCCACGAAUGUAUAUGGUUUUUAAGUAUUCUCAUCUUGUGUUGGCCUAGAGAAAUCAUAUUUUGCCUAGAGCGUGUAUAUAUAUAUAUAUAUAUAUAUUUAUUUAAGAAAAGUGCUUUCAGAACAAACCUCUGAAAAAGGCCCCGUGAGUUAGGAUGACAACAGUCCGGCCUUUCAGUCAAUGCGGACCUGGGGACCGGGAUGACGAUGAGACUCGCUAGCCGUUUCAGAAAUAAAAGUUUAAACCUUUCACGUGUGUAUCAUCCAGCAGCUUCUGAGAAAUUUUAAAGUUGUGACUUAUUAAAGUUAUUCCUGC